AUGCUGCCGAAAAGACUGAAAGAUACUGGAAUUGAGACUCACAGACCUGCAGAAAAGUACCAUCCUUUAUUCUGCAAGAAUCCUAAAAAGAGAUUCCUGGGCUUUGAGGAGAUUCGUUGUCAGCAAAAACUCAAUACCACAAGAGACCCAUCCUCAUCAUCAUCGUCAUCAACACUUGAUGACCUAUUAAUCGACACAGCCUCUAGCUCUUCUCCACAGAAUUUGAGUCACUCAAAUUCUUCUCAGAAUACCACAAGUGACCCAUCCUCAUCAUCAUUGUCAUUAACACUUGAUGACCUAUUAAGCGACACAGCCUCUAGCUCUUCUCCACAGAAUUUGAGUCACUCAAAUUCUUCUCAGAAUACCACAAGUGACCCAUCCUCAUCCUCAUCGUCAUUAACACUUGAUGACCUAUUAAGCGACACAGCCUCUAGCUCUUCUCCACAGAAUUUGAGUCACUCCAAUUCUUCUCAGAAUAACACAAGUGACCCAUCCUCAUCAUCAUCGUCAUUAACACUUGAUGACCUAUUAAGCAACACAGCCUCUAGCUCUUCUCCACAGAAUUUGAGUCACUCAAAUUCUUCUCAGAAUACCACAAGAGACCCAUCCUCAUCAUCAUCGUCAUCAACACUUGAUGACCUAUUAAGCGACACAGCCUCUAGCUCUUCUCCACAGAAUUUGAGUCAUUCAAAUUCUUCUCAGAAUACCACAAGUGACCCAUCCUCAUCAUCAUUGUCAUUAACACUUGAUGACCUAUUAAGCGACACAGCCUCUAGCUCUUCUCCACAGAAUUUGAGUCACUCAAAUCUUCUCAGAAUAACACAAAAUAACACAAGUGACCCAUCGUCAUCCUCAUCGUCAUUAACACUUGAUGACCUAUUAAGCGACACAGCCUCUAGCUCUUCUCCACAGAAUUUGAGUCACUCGAAUUCUUCUCAGAAUAACACAAGUGACCCAUCGUCAUCCUCAUCGUCAUUAACAUUUGAUGACCUAUUAAGCGACACAGCCUCUAGCUCUUCUCCACAGAAUUUGAGUCACUCGAAUUCUUCUCAGAAUAACACAAGUGACCCAUCGUCAUCCUCAUCGUCAUUAACACUUGAUGACCUAUUAAGCGACACAGCCUCUAGCUCUUCUCCACAGAAUUUGAGUCACUCGAAUUCUUCUCAGAAUAACACAAGUGACCCAUCGUCAUCCUCAUCGUCAUUAACACUUGAUGACCUAUUAAGCAACACAGCCUCUAGCUCUUCUCCACAGAAUUUGAGUCACUCAAAUUCUUCUCAGAAUACCACAAGAGACCCAUCCUCAUCAUCAUCGUCAUCAACACUUGAUGACCUAUUAAGCGACACAGCCUCUAGCUCUUCUCCACAGAAUUUGAGUCAUUCAAAUUCUUCUCAGAAUAACACAAGAGACCCAUCCUCAUCAUCAUCGUCAUUAACACUUGAUGACCUAUUAAGCGACACAGCCUCUAGCUCUUCUCCACAGAAUUUGAGUCAUUCAAAUUCUUCUCAGAAUAACACAAGUGACCCAUCGUCAUCCUCAUCAAUAACAAGUGACCCAUCCUCAUCAUCAUUGUCAUUAACACUUGAUGACCUAUUAAGCGACACAGCCUCUAGCUCUUCUCCACAGAAUUUGAGUCACUCGAAUUCUUCUCAGAAUAACACAAGUGACCCAUCGUCAUCCUCAUCGUCAUUAACACUUGAUGACCUAUUAAGCGACACAGCCUCUAGCUCUUCUCCACAGAAUUUGAGUCACUCAAAUUCUUCUCAGAAUACCACAAGAGACCCAUCCUCAUCAUCAUCGUCAUCAACACUUGAUGACCUAUUAAGCGACACAGCCUCUAGCUCUUCUCCACAGAAUUUGAGUCACUCAAAUUCUUCUCAGAAUAACACAAGAGACCCAUCCUCAUCAUCAUCGUCAUUAACACUUGAUGACCUAUUAAGCAACACAGCCUCUAGCUCUUCUCCACAGAAUUUGAGUCACUCAAAUUCUUCUCAGAAUACCACAAGAGACCCAUCCUCAUCAUCAUCGUCAUCAACACUUGAUGACCUAUUAAGCGACACAGCCUCUAGCUCUUCUCCACAGAAUUUGAGUCACUCAAAUUCUUCUCAGAAUAACACAAGUGACCCAUCGUCAUCCUCAUCGUCAUUAACACUUGAUGACCUAUUAAGCGACACAGCCUCUAGCUCUUCUCCACAGAAUUUGAGUCACUCGAAUUCUUCUCAGAAUAACACAAGUGACCCAUCGUCAUCCUCAUCGUCAUUAACAUUUGAUGACCUAUUAAGCGACACAGCCUCUAGCUCUUCUCCACAGAAUUUGAGUCACUCGAAUUCUUCUCAGAAUAACACAAGUGACCCAUCGUCAUCCUCAUCGUCAUUAACACUUGAUGACCUAUUAAGCGACACAGCCUCUAGCUCUUCUCCACAGAAUUUGAGUCACUCGAAUUCUUCUCAGAAUAACACAAGUGACCCAUCGUCAUCCUCAUCGUCAUUAACACUUGAUGACCUAUUAAGCAACACAGCCUCUAGCUCUUCUCCACAGAAUUUGAGUCACUCAAAUUCUUCUCAGAAUACCACAAGAGACCCAUCCUCAUCAUCAUCGUCAUCAACACUUGAUGACCUAUUAAGCGACACAGCCUCUAGCUCUUCUCCACAGAAUUUGAGUCAUUCAAAUUCUUCUCAGAAUAACACAAGAGACCCAUCCUCAUCAUCAUCGUCAUUAACACUUGAUGACCUAUUAAGCGACACAGCCUCUAGCUCUUCUCCACAGAAUUUGAGUCAUUCAAAUUCUUCUCAGAAUAACACAAGUGACCCAUCGUCAUCCUCAUCGUCAUUAACACUUGAUGACCUAUUAAGCGACACAGCCUCUAGCUCUUCUCCACAGAAUUUGAGUCACUCGAAUUCUUCUCAGAAUAACACAAGUGACCCAUCGUCAUCCUCAUCGUCAUUAACACUUGAUGACCUAUUAAGCAACACAGCCUCUAGCUCUUCUCCACAGAAUUUGAGUCACUCAAAUUCUUCUCAGAAUACCACAAGAGAACCAUCCUCAUCAUCAUCGUCAUCAACACUUGAUGACCUAUUAAGCGACACAAAUACCACAAGUGACCCAUCCUCAUCAUUGUCAUUAACACUUGAUGACCUAUUAAGCGACACAGCCUCUAGCUCUUCUCCACAGAAUUUGAGUCACUCAAAUUCUUCUCAGAAUACCACAAGUGACCCAUCCUCAUCAUCAUUGUCAUUAACACUUGAUGACCUAUUAAGCGACACAGCCUCUAGCUCUUCUCCACAGAAUUUGAGUCACUCAAAUUCUUCUCAGAAUACCACAAGAGACCCAUCCUCAUCAUCAUCGUCAUCAACACUUGAUGACCUAUUAAGCGACACAGCCUCUAGCUCUUCUCCACAGAAUUUGAGUCACUCAAAUUCUUCUCAGAAUACCACAAGUGACCCAUCCUCAUCAUCAUUGUCAUUAACACUUGAUGACCUAUUAAGCGACACAGCCUCUAGCUCUUCUCCACAGAAUUUGAGUCACUCGAAUUCUUCUCAGAAUAACACAAGUGACCCAUCGUCAUCCUCAUCGUCAUUAACACUUGAUGACCUAUUAAGCGACACAGCCUCUAGCUCUUCUCCACAGAAUUUGAAAUACCACAAGAGACCAUCCUCAUCAUCAUCGUCAUCAACACUUGAUGACCUAUUAAGCGACACAGCCUCUAGCUCUUCUCCACAGAAUUUGAGUCACUCAAAUUCUUCUCAGAAUAACACAAGAGACCCAUCCUCAUCAUCAUCGUCAUCAACACUUGAUGACCUAUUAAGCGACACAGCCUCUAGCUCUUCUCCACAGAAUUUGAGUCACUCAAAUUCUUCUCAGAAUACCACAACCUCUAGCACUUCUCCACAGAAUUUGAGUCACUCAAAUUCUUCUCAGAAUAACACAAGAGACCCAUCCUCAUCAUCAUCGUCAUCAACACUUGAUGACCUAUUAAGCGACACAGCCUCUAGCUCUUCUCCACAGAAUUUGAGUCACUCAAAUUCUUCUCAGAAUACCACAAGAGACCCAUCCUCAUCAUCAUCGUCAUCAACACUUGAUGACCUAUUAAGCGACACAGCCUCUAGCUCUUCUCCACAGAAUUUGAGUCACUCAAAUUCUUCUCAGAAUAACACAAGAGACCCAUCCUCAUCAUCAUCGUCAUCAACACUUGAUGACCUAUUAAGCGACACAGCCUCUAGCUCUUCUCCACAGAAUUUGAGUCACUCAAAUUCUUCUCAGAAUACCACAAGUGACCCAUCCUCAUCAUCAUCGUCAUUAACACUUGAUGACCUAUUAUGCGACACAGCCUCUAGCUCUUCUCCACAGAAUUUGAGUCACUCAAAUUCUUCUCAGAAUACCACAAGUGACCCAUCCUCAUCAUCAUCGUCAUCAACACUUGAUGACCUAUUAAGCGACACAGCCUCUAGCUCUUCUCCACAGAAUUUGAGUCACUCAAAUUCUUCUCAGAAUAACACAAGUGACCCAUCCUCAUCAUCAUCGUCAUUAACACUUGAUGACCUAUUAAGCAACACAGCCUCUAGCUCUUCUCCACAGAAUUUGAGUCACUCAAAUUCUUCUCAGAAUAACACAAGAGACCCAUCCUCAUCAUCAUCGUCAUCAACACUUGAUGACCUAUUAAGCGACACAUCCUCUAGCUCUUCUCCACAGAAUUUGAGUCCCUCGAAUUCUUCUCAGAAUAACACAAGAGACCCAUCCUCAUCAUCAUCGUCAUUAACACUUGAUGACCUAUUAAGCAACACAGCCUCUAGCUCUUCUCCACAGAAUUUGAGUCACUCAAAUUCUUCUCAGAAUACCACAAGUGACCCAUCCUCAUCAUCAUCGUCAUUAACACUUGAUGACCUAUUAAGCGACACAGCCUCUAGCACUUCUCCACAGAAUUUGAGUCACUCAAAUUCUUCUCAGAAUAACACAAGAGACCCAUCCUCAUCAUCAUCGUCAUCAACACUUGAUGACCUAUUAAGCGACAAAGCCUCUAGCUCUUCUCCACAGAAUUUGAUUUAUCACAAUCAUAGAGCUAUUACAGUCAAGCCGACUGAAGUUCUUGUUGUCAUGCAAGGUAAGAAUCCAUCUUUGGUAAUGGUAUUUGGCGCCAUUACAAGCAACAGGUAUGUAAUGCCACAUCACCUCAUUGAAGCAGCUCUUAACAUUAAUAUGGCUGAGUUAUUUGAGUAUCAUUGA